CCAUCAGAUGAACAGACGGAAACUCGUCCGUUUUAUGAAAGUCUCCACCCAUAACCGCUUAGAAAGGCUCCCUUCCACAGCGUUGUACUGUUCGUGCAGCUUGCUAAUGUCAGCAAGUGGCAUCACAAUAUCAGACCACUUGCCACACUGACUAUUGCAGUUAUUUAUUUUCAAAAUAAUACCGUCGAACAGUUUAGUUGUGUUAGAGAUUUUCUGCUUCAUGUUUACAAACUCUUGCACAGUACGAUGGAAGAAUUAGAUAUUAAAGAAGAAUUAGAUAUCAAAGAAGAAUUAGAUAUUCAAGAAGAAUUAGAUAUCCAAGAAUUGAAUAUCGAAGAACCAAAAACAUAUUCCACGAAGAAACACAAACGAGGCCAGCCCAUCAAUAGCAAUCAAAAGCUCCAAAUUAUUAAUUUACAUAAAAAAUUGAAAACAGACAAUCCAUACAUUUUAAAUAAAGAUGCUGUUAAUCAACUUGUAGAAGAGACGGGUAUUGGUAUUUCUAGUAUAAAGAAAAUAUUGAUGGAAUAUAAGCGCACAGGUGUAGUUACAACUUCAAAUCAUAAGAAACAUCGCCCUACUUUUAGAGAAAAAAUCAACGAAUUCGACAAGAAUGCUAUUCGAAAAAAAAUUUACGAAUAUUAUUUCAAUAAAGAAUUACCAACAUUUAACAAUGUUCUGAAAUAUGUAAAUGCUGACAAAAGUCUUCCAACUUUUAAACGGUCGACCUUUCACUUAUUGAUAAAGGAUCUAAAUUUUACAUAUACUGGUCGAAACCGCUAUAGUAUCCUAAAAGAGCGAGAAGAUCUAAUUGUUUGGAGAAGAAACUACCUAAGGACUAUCAAGAGAUAUCGAGAAGAAGGUCGGCAAAUUUACUACCUGGAUGAGACUUGGAUUAACGUCGAUGACAUCACGAAAAGAAUUUCGAUAGAUAAAAUUAAUAAAGUUAAUGCCACAAAGGACACAUCUUUCCAAGGGUUUACGAAAUCAGCUAAUCCAAGCAAAGAAAGCAAACGAUUAUUUGUUUUGCAUAUUGGUAGUGCUGCUGGUUUUGUUCCCGGGGGGCUUCUAUAUUUCGAAUCGAAGAAACAUAUAGGAGAUGACGAAAUAAACGGCGACACAUUUCUCAAAUGGUUCAAAAAGAUUUUACCAAUGCUAAACGAUAAUGCUGUUAUUAUUAUGGACAAUGCUCGGCAUCACUCUGUAAAACUAGAAGAACUGCCUAAUACUUCCUGGAAAAAAGUAAAGGAAAAGAAAUAUCAGAAACUAUGGCAAAGGCUGAACUCUUGCAAAUGGUUGCACAAGAAAAAGAUAAAUUUGAUAAAUAUGUUAUAGAUGAAAUAGCAAAAAAAGAUAAUAAAACAGUUCUCAGAUUACCUCCGUAUCAUUCUGAACUUAAUCCGAUUGAAAUAGUAUGGUUAAUGGUUAAGGAAUACAUUAAGAAUAAUAGCAAUACUUGUAAAGAUGUAAAGCAAUUACUUGAACAAGGUAUUGAUUGUGUAAAAGCUGAA